CGAGUUGUAAGACGAGUGAAGAACCCAAAACGCAUGAAAAAAGUCCUCACUCUCUGCACAGAAGACAGUUUUUCUCUCUCUAAAAGGGAAAGAUGAAAGCUUUCAAUUCUCUCUCUAGGAAAAGUGAGUAAAGAAUGUUGCAGCAAAGAACCGGAUUGGAGAUUGGAGUUUGUGUUCCCCAAAAACCCAUUUGAUCUGAGUGAAAAAACAGUGUUUUCGCUCUCUAUAUUCUCUCUCUCUAAAAAUAGUGUACUGUCUCCAAAAAUAGCAAAAAUGGCGAUAUAUAAUCUCUCUCUUUCUGGGGUUUAGUUUGUGGGUAGAACCAGUGGGUCUUCUCACUGUGGGUUUGUUUCUCUCUCUACAAAAAGAGAGCAUAAUAGAACCGUGGGUCUUCUUACUGUGCGUUUGUUUCGCUCUCUACAAAGAAGCAGAAGAAAUGCCAAGGCAUAAUCGAAACUUAGAGGGUCUGAUACAUGUAAGGGGAAAGGUUAGGAAGAGAGGGUGCUCUUCUUCUUCUUCCUCUUCCUCUAUUCUGCAAAAUAACAGGUUUAAAAGAGCCAUUUUGGUGGGGAGAAGAGGGGGAUCGAGCACGCCUGUGCCCACAUGGAAGAUGAGCUCACCUUCUUCGAUGGCCGAAUCCCCCAUUUAUCAGUCUCUCUCUCAAAGUGGGGCGAAGGCCAAACAGAGUGGAAAUGGCAACGGUGGCACUAUCUCGGCGAGGAAGCUCGCUGCUACUCUGUGGGAGAUGAACGAGGUUCCUUGUGGUCAGCAACAGAGAAAGAAAGAGAAAGAAGAGAGAGAAGAGGAGGAAGAUUGGAAAGAUAAGAGGGCGAGGAGGAGGUCUAUGCAGUCGAGUUCCCUGCCUCGGAGGCUCUCGGAUCCAUCGCAUAGUCCAGGGUCGGAGAUGGGAGAUAGAUCUGGUACUGGUAGUUUGAGAAGAAGACUGGCAGCAAUCUCUCAGAGAUAUAAUAAAUAUGGAGAGAGAAACAGUGUAGCUAUGGAUUCCCGUAGCAGUACAAGCUUAAUGGAGAUCGAGACCCGCUCUAGAGGCCUCACUCCCUCUGGUUCAAUGGUGGGAAUGAACAGUCGUUUCAAAGAGUUGGGUCAUGGCCUAACCACCUCCAAAGAGCUCCUAAAGAUACUCAAUCGAAUAUGGGGCAUGGAAGAGCAACACUCUUCUCACAUAGCCCUUGUCUCUGCCCUUCGUGCUGAGCUUGACAGGGCCAAGUCUCAACUUGAUCAGCUAAUGCAAGAUCAUCGAUCGGAUCGCCAUGAAAUAGAUUACUUAAUGAAGCGUUUUGCUGACGAAAAAGCAAUGUGGAAGAGCAGGGAGCAAGAGAGAAUCAGAGCAGCUGUUCAAGCACUAACAGAAGAGCUUGACGCCGAGAAGAGAUUGAGGAGGAGAGCUGAGAGCCUGAAUAAGAAGCUCUCUAGAGAGAUAAACAGCAUGAGGACCUCUCUUGUGGAAACUGAGAAAGAGCUAGAGAGAGAAAGGAAGGCUAGAGAGUUGAUGGAAGAGGUGUGUGAUGAAUUGGCGAGGGGCAUCGGGGAAGACAAGGCAGAGGUGGAGGAACUCAAGAGGGAAUCGGCAAAGGUGAGGGAGGAAGUAGAGAGAGAACGAGAGAUGCUUCAAUUGGCUGAUGUUUGGCGUGAAGAGAGGGUUCAGAUGAAGCUUGCAGAUGCCAGGUAUCAACUCGAAGAGAAGAACGCUGUUCUUGACAAGCUUAGGAAUGAGCUCGAAGCCUUUCUGAGAGCCAAAAGGACUAAAGGUACAGCCACAGAGGCUGCCCCUGCAAAUAGCAUGGGUGAGGUUGAGGAGGAAAGGCAGCAAAACCAAGAGAGAAAAGUUGGGGUUAGAGCCCAAGGUGACCAAAAAGAAGAGGAGGGUGUGGAUGAGGAAGAAGAUGAUUCAGCCGAGAGUGACAUGCACUCUAUCGAAUUGAACAGGGAUGAUCACAGUAAAGGCUACAAAUGGGGCUACGUGUCAGGGGAGAGAAAGUCAUUUGAGGAAGAAGUUAAGGGGAGGAAGUCGUCUGAGAAAGUUCCUUCUCUCGACAGGGUUAACCGAUCACUUCAUGGGGGCGCUCGGUCCCAUGAUUUGUCGAAGGUUACUCUAGAGAGAAGCUUAUCUGAAGGAAUUGAGUGGGAUUUUAGCACUGGAACUGCCCCAUUGGUCGGUAGAAGAGACCUAGAAAAUCUACAAGAUGGGUUCAAUCAAAUCUCUAAACACAAAGAUGGGUUUGAUGAAUUUUAUCAAGAAAAAAAUGGGUUUGAUCCAGGGAGAUGCUCUGAUACUAGUGAACUCCACGGAGGCCGUGGUCCUACACAAUCCGAGAUCAACGGAGUGAGGAGAGAUAAUGACAGUGAACUACAGAAGCUCAAAUCUUUGAAGGGCCGUAGUAGUUAUGGGAUGGCUGGUACUAGGGUGUCUUCUGCUCAAGGAUUUGCAAGCCCAACAAGGCAAUGGAGCCAAAGAUGGCCUUCACAAGAAUCAGUUGCUGCAUCUGGUGAAAGAUCAAAGGCAACUGAUAUGGCAAAAGGGAUGAGAGAGAGUAGUCUGAAGUCUAGACUAUUGGAAGCCAAAGUAGAGGGUCAGAGUUCAAGACUCAAGUGAUGAGAGAGAGUCCUUAUUUUUACUGUGAGAAUUGCUCCUAUUUCCUUGUUUGUUACUCUCUGUUAAGCAUCUGGCAUCUGGUUGUACAAACCCUUAUAUAUAAAUGUUAGAAAUAAUAAUAGUGAAGGUAUCACAUUUUGUCU